GUUUCAUUUUUCAUUUUUUUAUUUUUUUUAAUUUUCAUAUUUUCACUCAGAACACCGAUUUCCAAUUCCAUUUCCCAUUUCCAUUUCUAAUUUCCUUUUCAACUUGAAUACCGUCCCCAACCACGCCGGAACCAGAUCCAUUUCCUCCUCUCCAUUUCCACUGUAAUGCCGGCGAUGCCAAUUGAUCGCGAGUCCGAGAUCGCCUGACUCGCCAUCCAAUUGAACUGACUCACUGAAUCCAGCUAACGCCUGGUCCUUCUCUUUGAUAACCCGGAAAAUGGGGGCAGUGCCGUCGACGCCGCGGCAUUCCAGCAGCAGCGAGACAGCAGAGUACCUAAUCGCUACGUUUGUCGGUGAGAAAUCGUUCCCUUUGGACUCUGAUUUCUGGCAGAAGCUUCUUGAGCUUCCCCCCAGUCUCCGCUGGCCGGCGCAUCGUGUCCGCCAAGCUUGCAACCUCUUUACACAAAACAACUGCUGUACCAGGCACCUGGCCAAGAUUUUGAUUCAUCUUGCAUGGUGUUUACAAGAGGCUACCCAAACUUCUGGUGCUCCAUCUGCAGUAUAUAUGAAGGCUGUUAAUGCAGUGUAUAUUUCAUCUGCUUUCUUGAAGUACACAUUUGAAAACUCGCAAAGUGAAAACCUUGCUCAGUUAUAUUUGUCUCUUGAUGAAAAUGAAGCAAUACAUGAUGAAUUUGUGACAGAUCAAAGUAUUGAGAAUCUUGUCAUGCAUAAUGUCCUUGGCUUUAUUGCUUCAGUAGAUGUAAGUCCCAAUACGUACCUUCUGCACCAGGAGCUGGUUAGCUUCUUGCUUGUUGCAAUGUCAACUCAGCUUUUAUCUGGACCAACUCCAGGACCAAAAGAUGUUAAUCCGUUUAUUGAUGCAGCAAUGUCUCAGCAGGAAGUUUUGUUGGUUAGUUCAGUGGUACGCAGAUUGCUACUCAAUUACAUCACGCGACCUCAUGUUCCCUUGAGUAGAGCUUAUUCCAUUUUUUCUGAAGGAAAUCAGCCUGGUGUUUUAGAGAGAGUAGGCUCUGCAGCUGCAAGCAUUGUGUUAUUGCCAUUCAAUUACCUGGCCAGUUCAAAUGGUGAAGGCUCUAGAAAUCAACUUGCAGAUAGCAGUCUCCAUGUGUUGCUUGUUCUCAUUCAUUAUCGUAAAUGUCUAGUGAAUGAGGAGUCUAUAACAAAGAGAAGCAAUGAAAGUUUAACUUCAGAUUCUGUUUCUAAAGUAAGCACAUACUUUUCUGAUAAUCCCUACUGCAAGGCCUUAGAAAAUGCAAGGGACAUUGAAUUUGAUCGCGUAGAUGUUGAGGGGACUGCAAGCGCAAACAAUGGUUCUGUUGUGAGGUUGCCUUUUGCAUCUCUAUUUGAUACCCUUGGCAUGUGCUUGGCUGAUGAGGCUGCAGUCCUUUUACUUUAUUCAUUGGUGCAAGGAAACUCUGAUUUUUUGGAAUAUGUUCUGGUUCGAACUGAUUUGGAUAUGUUGUUGAUGCCCAUUUUGGAAACACUAUAUAAUGCUUCAAGGAAGACUUCUAAUCAAAUAUACAUGCUGCUGAUCAUACUUCUCAUACUUAGUCAAGAUUCUUCUUUCAGUGCAAGCAUUCACAAGAUGGUACUGCCUGCUGUCCCAUGGUAUAAAGAGCACCUUCUUCAUCAGACAUCUCUUGGUUCCUUGAUGGUCAUAAUUCUGAUUCGGACUGUACAGUAUAACUUGUCUAAGCUGCGGGAUGUUUAUCUCCAUACAACUUGUCUAGCAACUUUGGCAAACAUGGCACCUCAUGUGCAUCGUUUGAGUGCAUAUGCUUCUCAGAGACUUGUCAGCCUUUUCUAUAUGCUUUCAAGGAAGUACAACAAAUUGGCAGAGCUAAGAGAUGAGAAAUUGCAUAUAAAGAUGAACUCAAUAGAACAAGACAACCUCACAGAUGAUAUGUCAGCAGAACUGCAAAUUUACACUGAUUUCUUGAGAAUCGUCCUUGAAAUAUUAAAUGCAGUUUUGACUUAUGCCCUGCCUCGAAAUCCUGAGGUUAUUUAUGCCAUUAUGCACAGGCAGGAAGUUUUUCAGCCAUUCAAGAACCAUCCUCGCUUCAACGAGCUGCUUGAAAAUAUCUACACUGUAUUAGAUUUUUUCAACAGCCGUAUGGAUGCUCAAAGACUGGAUGGUGAAUGGUCUGUGGAGAAAGUUCUCCAACUCAUAAUUAAUCAUUGUCGAUCUUGGCGUGGUGAAGGGAUGAAGAUGUUUACUCAACUGCACUUUUCAUAUGAACAAGAGAGUCAUCCAGAGGAGUUCUUUAUUCCAUAUGUCUGGCAGCUUGUUAUAUCCCGGAGCGGAUUCAGCUUUAAUCCAAGUGCAAUAAGUUUGUUCCCAGUUGAUCUGCACGCAAAUAAAGAGAUCAGGGACGGCGAGGAACCAAAUAUACGUCCAAAUGGAGAUGUGAAUGAGUUCAACCUCCAUCUUGAUCCGUGAUUCUCAUUUAUAUGCUCACACAAUCUUAUUUGUGGUUUUUGCUGCUUUUGUAAAUGUAUAAAGUAACAGAAAAUGUAUUCUUCUCAUUCUUUGCUGUUAAUAUGUUGGAAAUACAGUAGAGCCCUUUUCUCCCCAUAGAUAAAGCUUUAGAAGUUCAAAUUCCAAUCUCGUGUAAUAAGAAAGGACGAUCAAUUCCACGUUUUGCAUUAUAGUUUCUGUCCAUGCCGCCUACAGUGGUACUUCAUCUUCAUAGCCUGAACUGAAUCAUUAAAACAGUGAAUGAACGUUGAUCAAUUCAGGUUUUCUUGUGUCAUUGAAUCCUAUGCCAUACAUAGCAAAGGUAAAUAAAAAUUGUUUUUUGUA